CAAAAAAAAAUGUGAAAAGGGAAACAAAAAAGGUGAACAUGCAAUAUGAAAUGUCAAACAAAAGAAAGAACGCUAUUUACAGCACUGCCACACCAAAAUUAGUUAUAAAACAAUUUGAUUAUAAAUGAUAUGAAAAGAAAUAAAAUAAAUAAAAAAGUAAAUAUUUUUAUAUAAAAUCAUUAUUGGAUAUAUUUGCGGAUUUUUCUCUUUUGUUUAAUGCUUGUUUUUAUUAAAUCCAAAUGGCAAUAUUCCAUCAGCUGUGGUUGUCAAAUAUGUUUAAAGAAGAAUGAAAGAGAGCUUGAGUGUUAUAAUUCAAAAGAGUGUAAAAGAAGCAAGAAAGGAAAAUCACAAAAAAUCGUGUCAAAUGCAAACAAUUGCAAAACAAUUUUCUCCCUUGAAAAAAAACGAAAAAUAUAAUUUUUAAAAGUUUACAAAUUAAAUACUAUAAUAAUUAAUCAAUCUAAUAAUUAGUAAAAAAAUAUUAUCAAUACUUGUCUGUAGUUCUUUGGAUUUAAAUAAUAUUUCACUUUUUUCUAUAAAAUGAAAAAAGUGAUGUGCAAAAAGUGCGUAUAAACGAUGGAUAACAAUAAUGAACUUUUUAUAGAAUAACAAACAAGUUAAUGAAUAGAGCUGAGAUUAAUCCUAAUAAAAGGCAUUAAGCGAUAAAAAUUACAAUAUCUAUCAAAACUAACAAUAACAUAAUAUACCUCUGCAGCAACAUUAUUAAAAAUAUAUAUUUUUAAAUAAGCAACUCUGUUUUGUCUGCCUCUUUUUCUAUUGGAGCCUUUAUACGUCAACUUUAUUUGUUAUAAAAAAAAAACAAAAACAACACGAAGAAUUAUAAAGGAUUAUUAGUGUCAAUGGCACCAGAUGAAAAAACUAACAAAAUAUUUUAUAUUGUAUUGUGAAUGUGAAUUGAAAAGUAAAAAGGUAUCUACGAAGGCUUACAAAUUCUGGACUUAAUUAUUAAAUCUGAAAUCAUAUGUGCUUAUAGAAAAAGUUCCUUUUAAUGAAAAUUGAAUCAAUCGAAUUAUAAAAGUCCAUGUCAAUGCUUCAAUUGAUUUGUAAACGAAAGUCACUACUGGCACAAUGCAAAGCUUGGAUUCAUCAUGUCAAGAAGCUGAUUUCAUAAUAAAUGACACAUUGAAAAAGCUUAAAGGCUCUAACUCUGCUAAUAGUAGCGCAGGGAGUACUGUACAAACGUUGACUUCAAAUAAUCCCACAACGGCGACAAUACUUAGGCAACAGCAACAACAAUUAGCCUAUCAACACUUACCAAAUUCAUCAACAUCCCAGCAGCCACAUAAAUUUCAGUACCAUCAAUUACAAUCUGCUUUGCAGGGUACAAAUGUCUCUUCAACAGCUGUUAAUAUUGGAGGUGGGAAUAAUAAUUCAACGACUUCCUGCAUACAAAAUGUGGCUCAACAACAAUUAUCUCCACCUACUCCACCGUCAUUGGUAUCAUCGUCAUUUUCUGUUACGUUUCCUCCAAAGUCAUCACUUAUAGAUAACAGUUUAUUGCAUUGCAAUAUUUCCCAAAUCCCCAGUCAACCUCCUCUUUGCAUAUUUGAGGACGAUGAGGAACCUUCAAACCCAACAGAUCAACCUCCGGUAGAGUUACUGGCUCCAACAAAUCCGUUACCAACGUCUUCAAUAUCGAAUAGCGGCUGUCAAAAUCAAAAUUUAGAUUCUUCCAUUAAUUUGGACAAUAUCGUAAUUUUGGCCCAACCUACCCCUCCUCCCAAUCCAUCUAUACAACAACACAUACCACUAUCGCAUCCAUCUCCGCAAGCGGUACAAUCAACUUCAUACUCUAAUUUUAAUACAAUUACCUCACCAUCCCCUAUUGUACCGGAUUUAUUACUAUCAACGCCUCCAGGUGUACAUAACAGUGGCUCUCAUAAUAACAAUAAUAGUAGCAAUAACAACAAUAGCAACAAAAAGGCUGAUAAGCGUCCUUCCUCUUCAACAUCCUCAUCAUCGGUGAAUCACCAUCAUCAACACCACUAUCAACAUCAGCACAAUCAUCAUGCUCACAAUUCUCAUCUUUUAACUUCGCCUGCGACAACUGGAUCGCCUACCUCGUCACCUAGUAAGAGGCAAAAGAUUAAGGAAUCAACUUCUUCGAAAUCUUCACAUUCACCGUCGCUAUCACGAUCAGUAUCGACUUCUUCUAGUUUGGGCUUUUCUAGUGCACAAACAACAAGCACUAAUACAUUUUCUUCAUCAUCCUCAACAACAAGUGCUUCUAAGCGGGAAAAUACUUCAUCACACAAAUUUUUCAACAUACAUGAACGAAUUAAAGAUCACUAUUUACAGUUGUUAGCAAAUGAUUUAAAUUUGUUUGCUGAAGCUGGGCUUAAACAACGUACUCGUUCUUUUAUAUUAGAACGUGUUGUUGAAUGUGAAAGACUUAAUACAAUUGUUAUUAAUUUAUACCCUGGAAAUAAAGGCUAUGCGUUGGGUUUAUACUACGAUGAUCGCCAAGUAAUACCUGACACAGAAGGGGAGCUGUCGACCUCCCUUUCUUCACUGUCGUCAUCAAUAUCCUCAUCGAUGGGCUCGGUGUCUUUAAAAAACGUUUCUAGUCGCAGUUCAACCAUCAUGAUUAAUAACAGUAGUUUUAAUUCAAGUAAAUUAUAUCCAUCAUCGAUACCACCAGAUUUAAAACAAAAGACAUCUUGUGAUCAUGACGGCUCUUUCACAGAUUUGUCUAACUCAGCUAGUGAAUAUUCUUUAGUUGAAGUAUUGCGAUGGCCAUAUGAAAAUGAUCAGCUGCUGCAGUGCAUUGAUCGUGAAGUAAUACCAGACUUUUUAAUGGAUAUGCUCGCAGCUACCACAAUAACUUUACAAGCUCCCCAAGACGACAGCACAGGGACACCACGUAUCUUCUUUAAACCCAAUGUUUUUUAUGCUGGUUGUGUGGUGGCACAAAUACGUGACUUUCGACAAACAUUUGCCACCUCAACGAAUAUCUGUGAUACGAGGCAUGUGUUGUUAAGACCCACCAAUGCAACACUGUUCGCUGAUGUACAACAUGUUGCAACAACACUUAAUCAAAACUCAUCUGCUUGCGCCCCUGAAGAUAAACUAGCGUUGGAGAGUCAAAUGGUAUUAGCUACAGCGGAGCCACUUUGUUUAGACCCAGAUCCAAACAUUGGUCGGCAUGCUAUUAAUUCGCAACAUGAAAGGCAGCUUUUUAAUACUCACGAAUUGAGACGACAAAUGAAGAAAUAUACACAAAUUUCAAUAAAUCGCAAGAGAAAAUUGGAUCAGUUUACUCAUCACUAUGGUCUUGAAUUAUGCGAUUACCUAACCCGAUUACGCACCAGGCCGAGAAGUGGACUGGUGUCUACUGCCGCAGCAACUGCUGCCAAUAUAUCAUCUACCAAUGCUGGUGUCAAUCCUUUAGUCAGUGCAACAAUGUUAACUUCAUUUGCCUCGAAAGUACCGAAACGUCCGAAAGAUGUAAUACGACCUAUACGGCCACCAAGACUAGACUAUCCAGCAAAUCUUAAGGUGCCAGAUCAAUUAAUAAGUGUUGAAAAAUACGCAAAGACGAAUGAAAGGCCUCGAGAGACUACUGACUGUCAGCCGCAAUUGAUUGAAGAGUAUAUUUUGGAAACAGAACGUGAUGACAACGAGGGUCGACGUGUUGUUUAUCAUAUUAAAUUAUCGAUUUUUCAAAGGCCAUCAAAUUCAGAGUACCUGGGUGAAUUGUAUGUGGAUCGUGAUUACAGGGAAGGUAUACGAAAUGGGGAAUCAUGCCGUUUUCCUUUGGGCACACGAGUACAUGCAAAUCGUUAUAUACAACAGUUUACGGAAAUAUUUACAGAGGAGGGGCGCAAAGCUGUCAAGAUAACCCAUUUGGUUCCAGGUCAUUUACCAAAAGUUACACACACAGGAAUAACACCAGAACAGAGACAAGCACUCAUACUACAACAACAACAAUUACAAUUGCAGCAACAACGACAAGCAGCAUUAUUGGCAGCUCAGCAGCAACAGCAACAACAACAGGUGAUACAGCAAACAAUUACCCAGCAGCAAACUGAACAACCACAGCCGCAUCAACAGCAACAUUUGGUUGUUGUUGGUCCUAACGGACAACAACAGCAUUUAUUACCAACUACCGUACAACAUUUAAAUACCAACACUAUUCAAACUCAGUCACAAACAGUACAACAACCGCAACACGUAACUAAAAACAUAAAUAUAGUAAAUGUUACUGGAAACAAUGUAGCUGCCGUUCAGCAUGUUCUCAGACACCAGCAAUUACAUCAUCAUCAGCAGCAACAGCAGCAAGUGGCUACAACACAAUAUAUAGAUGCAAACGGUGCAACUGUGCAGUUGCAGCAUGCUACCCUCACUGCCACUACUUCUAAUAAUAACAGCAACAAUACUACAACUAAUACCAAUAGCAUCUCAGGUGGGUCUCACCAUAUACAGCUGCAGCAAAUAACAAGUUCUGGUCCUUCUUCAACGGGAGUUGUAGGAGUUAGUAGUGGUGGCGCAUCUACAACGACACAUCAACUUAGUUUAAGCAAUGGUUCCUUGGUACUAGUUCAACAACAUUCAGCUACUGGUUCACAAACGUUACAUCAACAGCAAACAGCUCAAGCGCUGCAGCAUGCUGGGAUUACGAUACAACCUGCAUCGUCCCAUCAACAGCAAAAGGCUCAAGUCAUUACAACCACCCAAAUGAAUAAUGUGCAAUCGGCACAGAAUUCAGCACUUAGGACACAGCUUAGUUCUAAUGUUCCAAUUUUGCAAGCUCAAUUGAAGGCAGCACCUAUUGUGACUAACACAAAUCAGCAACAGCAGCAACAGUUAGUUCAUAAACAAAACACUGCCAAUAGUUCUACCAACACAACAAAUGUUGUAACUGGAAAUUCUGGAGGCUCAAAUAGUACUACAAACACUUUACAGGCUAAUCCAGCUAUUAGCGCUAUCGUUACCAGCAUUAUGAACAGUGCAAAUCAAUGGCAACAGCAACAACAACAACAAAACUCUGCCUCUAUUUCAAACACUUCCAAUACUGCUACGACGUUGAAAAGUUCAAGUAAUGCUUCCAUAUUAAGUUUAUUAAAUAGUGCUCCCGCUGCGAUGACAAGCACUCCUGUUGCAAGUGGCACGUUUACAACAUCUACCGGGCAAACUCAACAACAGCAGCCAACCCAACAACAAAACGUUACUUUGGUUCAACAUUCAUCUCAUCCGCAGCAACAGCAGUCGCAGACAGCGACAGUUGUUGCCACUGAGAAUUUUGUUCAAGCUACACAAUCCCAAGCAGUGCCAAAUCAAUCUCAACGUAAACAAAACGAAGUUUUGCAAAACCUUCUAAAUCCGGGUAGAAAAAUUAAUAUUGUAAGCAGCAGUGGAGCUGGGAGUGGCGGCACGACCGCAACAUUUCGAACAAAUGCUGCAGGCAAUUUGAUAGCGGUGAAUCUCAAUCAGGCAUCUAAUCACCCGCAACAACAACAAAACCACCAACAGCAAAUUCAUCUCCAUCAACAGCAACACACACAAACACAACAGCAUCAACAAGAUCAACAACCUCAAACAACGGUCCGUGUGUCUAUGUCAGCUUUAGCAUCACAAUUGGCAUCUCCCCCUGCUAUAAUGACCAAUAGCACAAAUUUCGGAGGUUAUACAUUGAGCACGGUGAGUGGAACAGGGUCAAGUGGCGGUAGUAUAAAAAUACUCAAUAGUGGUAUUCAACAGCAACGUGUUUUAGCCAAUGCCCUUAGAAGAGAUUCUCUGAGUAGUACAUCUCAAGGUCCACCUAAUGCUAUAGUUGUUGGCGUAGCGGCCCCCUCUCCAGGAUCUGAUUCAAAUGCUUCCAAUGCUAGUGGAUUUGCUGUACCCCAAGCCACUUCAAGCGCAGGUGUUAGCGGCUCUAAUUCGACUACCUUAAACGCAUUGUUGGCGAAUGCUGCAACACCUUCACCUUCCGGUUCAGAGCACUCUCAGUCGUCUCAGAGCCAAAAUCAAAGUCUGCUCGAGAGACUAAAUAGUGGUGGCGUAACAGCUGGCACGGCACUUCCCAAUAUGUCGCCUCAACAACACCAUCCAGCUACGCCACAACAACAGUAUAUUACAAAAACUUUAGUACAAUCCCCCGCCACAUCAUCAAUACAUUCGCCUAUGUCUAGUCCGCACCCACAGCCGUCGCCCUCACCACAUCUUCCUCCUCCACAGCAACAGCAACAACCUCAACAACAUCAGCAACAACAAAGCCAAACGCAAACACAAACUGCAACGCUAAAUUUGCAAGGCAUAAAUUUUUCCACAUUGCAAGGGGCUAUGGCCAACUUCCCUGGUCUACAAAAUGUUCAAGUGCAAAUACCUGGAUUCAACCAACCUAUAUCUCUUCAACUUACGGGUGGAAGUUUACAUGCCGUACAGCAACCUCAACAGUCUGGAAAUUCAACCGUAUCAGUUGUAGCCGCAGGAGGUAGUGCAAAUGCAAGUAACAACAGCAGUGCUGUUGUUACGACACAAAAUCCCAAUUCUGCCCAACAAGCUCAUCAACAACAAAGAAGUCUCCUGGUGUCAGUACCAGUUAGUACGGCUAACCAACAACAAGGCCAAACUCAACAUACUAUAACACUGCAGCCCCAGCAAUUGCAACAACAUUCAUCGGCAACUGGCACCGUUGUUAACUUACCAGCUGGUGCAGUUGCUACUGCAACUGGAGGCACUCAAACUGUGGUAUUAACCAAUAAUUCGGGUGCUGGGGUGACAAAUACACCCGGUGCAAACAAUGCCGGUACGAAUACUUCAAAUACCGGAACUACGAUGUUAACGUUACCCAUCGCUCAACUGGUAGGAUCUGGUGUACAAAAGUUAAAUUCUGCCACUUUAAGGACAUCAUCUACUUCAUCAACUGGUGUUACGACAACGAAUGCAAAUACGGCCACCGGUGGCAGUAUUAUUGUCCAGCAGCAACACAGUGUUCAACAACAGCAAAAGGCUUCCCAUCAACCGCAACAAGCUACAAUAACCGUUAGUAGCACGGGAACAGGAAGUCAAACCAAUCAAUCUAUACAACUAGUGGGUACAAUACAGCAGGGCGGUCGCAAUAUUCAAGUCGUGGGUACAAAACAACUGGCCGGUAGUCGUCAGUUAAUAACCCAAAGACAGAUUGGUGGCUCCACUUUAAAAAUAGCAGCUGCUUCUCCUAUAAAUGCCAAUUCUAAUACAAAUCUUACCUCUUCAGCAAACUUAACUGCCACGCCUAUUGUAAUGUCGACACAAAAAUUACAAUUAAAAACAAUUAAAGCUUCUACUCAACAUCAGGCUCAACAGCAACAACAUCAGCGUAUUUUAAAUCAAAUAACAGCUUCUCAAGCAUCUCAAACAACGCCUCAACAACAAACGCAAACUGUCAUUUUAGGUCAACAACAAACGACACUAGCCUCAACACAGCAGCAAUCUACUUCAUCUCAGCAUUCGCAACAGCAACAACAUAUUCAGAUACAGGCAAGGGCUGGUAGUAAUUUAACUCAACGUACAAUUUCUGCUAUUGCUAUAGCAAAACAACAACAACAGCAGCAGCAACAACAAGCUGCAGCUGCAGCAGCUGCUGCUGCAGUCGCUGCUGCCAAUCGAAGGCGACCAGCAACAGAUGUAAGUAAAUAAUAGGCGCGUAAAGAGUAAUUAAUACAAAAACAUCUCAAUUAAAUUAUGUAUUAUUUCCAAUAUGCCCUUUUUAUAUUAAACAUAUUAUACUUUUUUUCGCUGGAAGAAAUCAAAAUGUAAUUUUUUCUUCUGCCAUCCCGCUUUAGAAAAGAAAAACACACAAAGUACACAUAUUAUAGUGGUUCAAAAUAUUUAUUUAUUCUAAAAUGUACGAAUACUGGAGAGGGUGAAGAAAAUAUGGCUCCAAUUGAAAUCGUUGAUAGUGUGUUACAUUUUAUAUUCAUAUAGAGUUUCUGGUUUACUAUUGUUGUCAUUAGAAACCAAGUUGGAAUUAAUUUUUGUACAUACUUACAUGUAUGUAUGUGUAUAUUUUUAUAUUCGGCUCAUGAAUUUUAAAUGUAGAACUGAAAUUUAUAUGAAAGUUAUUUCAGUAGCAAAAAUUCUUAAAUAUUUUAAACAAUUGAAGUUGAUUGGAAAUUCUCUGUCAUUCAUAGUGAAAUUGUUACAGUUUAUUUUCCAGUUGAAAGACCCCUCCAAUCAUUUUUAUUAUAUACGUUAAGUUGUUGACUUGAUCUGUUAUCUGCAAAAUUAUUUAUUCUUUUUUGAAUUCGAAUUUUAAAAAUUUGUAAAGACUCUUGCAGCAGAAGAAUGCGUUACAAUAUAGAGUUAUUAAACUAUAAACUUGAAAAUAAACAAAUAUUUUAAUAGAAAAAAGAAAAAUUGAAAAUUAGCAAUAGUAUGAAACAUAUUGAUAUUUGUAUAAUUGUAAAGAAAUUAAUAAUAAUCAUAAAAAUAAAUUUAAUAUAACUCUAAAUUUAAAUAUUAAUUAAACACAAAUAUAAAAAUAUAUAAAGGUGCAUACACAUAAAAAUAUAUACAUUAACAAAAAUAAUUAUUAUAACAAAUAAUAAAUGCUUAAAAUUAUCAUAUAUAAGUAAUUGGUAUCUAAAUGUUUGGCUUUUAAAAAAAUUAAGUUAUUGUAAAACAUUGGUAAAGAAAUCAAUUUUCUUUUAAAAAGCAAUAUUUGAGCAUGUUAGAAAAAAUACAUUCAUAUAAAGUUUAUAAAUAACAAAUUUCUAUUAUUUAUUUGAUUAAUAAAUUAAAAAAAUAAAAAAAUAAUGUUCGGCUUAGUCGAAUUGUCCGUAUCCUUUAAAUAAUUAUGAUGGACAUUAAUUGCACAACAUGCAGAUGUAUUUAAUAAUUAUUAUCCUUAAAUCAACAUACAUACUUACAAAAAAUAACUGGAAUGCAAGAAUAUAUGUAUGUAUGUAGGCUUAUAUCCAUCAACAUCUUUUAAUGGGUAAAAAUUCAACAUUACAUACUUAAAAAUUAUAUAGUACAUACACCUUCGCUAUUAUUUAUAAAACUAACAAGUUAAAUGAUAUUAAAUUAUACAAAACCCCUAAAACAUUAAUUUAAAAAUAAUUUAAUUUUUUUCAAAUUACAUAAAUUACAAACAACCUCUAUAUACCUUCUUUACAGAUUUAAGUAUAAAAAUUUAAUUAAGUAAAAAAAAAAAAAAAAACAAAAUAUAAGAAAAGCAUUAAAUAUAAACAGUUUUCAGAUCCUUAGCCAUUAAGUCUUAUUUAAUUAAUUGUCUUAAAAACUAAGUUUUAUUUGGCUUUAGUUUAUUAUGUGAAACGCUCUAUUCUAUA